UAUGAAAUCCUCUUCCGCGCUUAACUCAGCAGUGGAUGGUGUGCAGGUCAUAUUGUGCGGUCCACAAAAUGAUUAUGAAGUACAAUCUACUUGAUCCUGGAUGAUGAAUGAAUCAGCAAAAAUGGCUUAUGAUCAGAUUAUGAAGAACAAUCUACUUGUUCUUGGAUGACUAAUGAAUCAGCAAAAAUGGUCUACGAUCAGGUUAAAGCCACUUUUUGCUGACCCUGUUAGGGAAACCAAGACCUCCCACGCUCCUGGUAUGCCUGACUGGGUAGACCUGGUCAGAACUGCUUGCCCUAUUCAUCAUGGAUUCAUCAUGGCAGUUGAUUUUGGUGUCAGGUGGUUGGAACCUCUAGUUGGACUCAUCACAUAACAGUUGCCUGCAUGGCGGAAUGGAAAGAUGGCUGAUCCAUCAUUUUUGGGGCUACGGCACAAGAUCAACCACAAGUCGAGGUUCCUAGAGGCUGUCAGACCAGUUGCGUUUGCAGUACAUGUCCUUGACGCGUGAAUAUAAACUGAGCUGGGUUUGGUCAUGACUGCAAUAAUCACCACUGACCUGUGAUGUUCUUUACUAUGUUUGAUGGCGCUGUCAAAAAUAAACGUAAACUGUACAUGUAGUAUAAACUAUAGAUUGGUCAAUAAAAAAAUACUCCCAAGCAUUGAUGUUUCACUUGCAGUUAUAACAAUAAUGGGGUUUAUGUGCAUGAUGACAUUGUGCUGGUGUGUGUAUAUAAACACAACAUGUAGUGUUGGUCAAAGAUAAUUGAAUGGUAAUUUCUCUACCAUAAGCCACAUCCAACGUUGUUUUUUGGGAAUUUGGCUGUGCAUCCAACCAGCCUCAUAACUGGUUGGAUGCACAGGCUCUGUAUGUAAGGCUUCGCGUGGGCACAGGGUUUGCUGCCUUCAACUUUGUGAACAGUACCACGUGGUGGGGUUAUGGUAUGGGCAGGCAUAAGAUACGAACAUGCUCUCAUUUUAUCAAUUGCAAUUUGGAUGUGCGGAGACGUCGUGCCAUUCAUCUGCCGCCAUAACCUCGUUUCAGCAUAAUGCACUGUCGUAAGGCUCUGUACUCAAAUUCCCGUAAACUGCAAAAGUUCCAUGGCCUGCAUACUCACCAGACAUGUCACUCGUUGCGCAUGUUUGGGAUGCUCCGACUGCGUGUUCCAGUUCCCACCAAUAUCCAGUAACUUCGCACAGCAUUGAAUGGGACAAUGUUCCACAGGUCUCAGCCUGACAAACUCUGAAGAUGCCCCUACCGUUAAGGUAUCUGGCUAACCGAUGCAUAUCUAUCCCCAGUCAUGUGAAAUCCAUAGAAUGGGACUAAUGGAUUUAUAUCAAUUGACUGAUUUUCUUAUGAACUUUGACUCAGAAAAAUCUUUGACAUUGUUGCGUGUAUAUUUUGCUGCUUAUCAACCGUUAGCUGAUGAGGAUUUGACUCGAGCAGCGCCUGUAUCAGUGGAGGGUGCAGGAUUUUGUUAUAGCCUAGCAGUAAUAGUUACCCUGUGUGCAAUAUUCGUUCAGUAAUUCUUUAAUAUUUGGCAAUUUAGUUUUCAGGGAACGUAAAAUCUCAAUUUUGGUUAAUCCUUUCUGAAGUAUACGGUAAAGGCAGCCACAGUACCAGAUGUACUACAGCAUCCAAGGUCGCGGAUUUUUUUCUGUCAGCCAAUGAAACUAGGACAUUUGUUCCGAGUAUACUGGGAUUGGUCGGACAGACUGGGGGAACCUGUGUAUGUUUCGGGGAGCAGAGUGGUCAUUCAUUUUGUAUUGCUAAAUUCAAUAAAUUCGCGACCUACAUCAUGCUAGUGUCGGUGCUAUUGAUGAUUGCACUAGCCAGUGCCGAACCAUCGGUGUAUUUUCGAGAGCAGUUUGAAGAUGGGGAUGCUUGGAAUACCCGUUGGGUUGAAUCCAGCCAUAGGUCGGACUAUGGGAAAUUUGUCCUGACAGCUGGGAAAUUUUAUGGAGAUGCAGAGAAAGACAAAGGUCUCCAGACCAGCCAGGAUGCCCACUUCUACUCUUCUUCUGCUCGCUUUGAGCCCUUCAGCAACCAGGGAAAGACCCUGGUGAUCCAGUUCACUGUCAAGCACGAACAGAACAUGGACUGUGGGGGAGGCUACAUCAAGCUAUUCCCCGCUGACCUUGACCAGGCAGACAUGCAUGGAGACUCUAACUACAACAUCAUGUUCGGUCCAGACAUCUGUGGCCCAGCCACAAAGAAAGUUCAUGUCAUUAUCAACUACAAGGGCAAGAAUCACCUAAUCAGAAAGGACAUCAGAUGCAAGGAUGAUGAGUACACUCAUCUGUACACUCUGAUCCUGAACCCUGACGACACGUAUGAGGUGAAGAUUGACAACAAGAAGGUGGAGUCUGGAAGUCUGGAGGAGGACUGGGACAUUCUGCCCCCUAAAAAGGUCAAGGACCCUGAGGCUGUGAAACCAGACGACUGGGAUGAGAGAGAGAGGGUAGAGGACCCAGACGAUAAGAAACCAGAGGACUGGGAUAGGCCAGAGAACAUUGCUGACCCUGACGCUAAGAAGCCUGAGGACUGGGAUGAUGAGAUGGAUGGUGAAUGGGAGCCACCCAUGGUCUCCAACCCUGACUAUAAGGGUGAAUGGAAACCCCGCAAGAUCGAUAACCCUGACUACAAGGGCAAAUGGGUGCAUCCUGAGAUUGACAAUCCAGACUACAGUGCAGACUCUGAGAUCUACAGAUUUGACAGCAUAGGAGUCAUUGGCCUGGACCUGUGGCAGGUGAAAUCUGGGACCAUCUUCGAUAACUUCCUGAUCACAGAUGAUGCUACGCUGGCAAAAGAGGUCGGCAAUGAGACCUGGGGUCAGACUAAGGAUCCAGAGAAAAAGAUGAAGGAGUCCCAGGAGGAGAAGGAGAGGAAGAAACUAGAGGCGGAAGAGAUGGCAAGGAAAGAGGAGAAAGAAGUGGAAGAGUUGGAGCAUGAAGAGGAGGAAGAAGUGGAAGAGUUGGAGCAUGAAGAGGAGGAAGAAGUGGAAGAGUUGGAGCAUGAAGAGGAGGAAGAAGUGGAAGAGUUAGAGCAUGAGGAGGAAGAAGUGGAAGAGUUAGAGCAUGAAAAGGAGGAAGAAGAGGAGACUGGAGCACAGGAAGAGGAGGAGGAAACAGACUCUAUAAAGGAUGAACUUUAGAGGACUUUGACUUUCUCAUAGGGGCAACUUCCUUCUUUGAGCCUGGGGAGAGAUUCUGCAUCAUUUCGCUUUACCAUCCAGUCAGCCAGGCCUCAAAGUAAUAAUGUUGAGAGAACGGGAGGUGAAGGAGUCAUUUACUGCAAAAUCGGUGCAAUUUUUUAAAUGUACAUUUUUUGUUAAUUUAUUGGAUUUUUACUUGCUAGUUUAUCCCCUAAUUAAUAAAAAAACUGACCCUUUUUGUUAUUGUAUCAAAUAAUAAUUCACAUUUGGUAAUAUAUUGGCAAAUGUUUUUACUGUGUUUCUUCUUACAGCCUCGACUUAAUGCUAACCUAUUUCUUGUAAGUAGGCUUUUUGUAGUCCGUUGCUCCACCAAAUAUUACAGAUGAAGUCUAAUUUAAUGGAGCUUGUUUGUUUUGUAUUAUUAAUUCACAUUGAGUGAUUAUGUACACCAUGUGAAUCCUACUUGACAUUGAUAUGCAUAGUGAUAGUUUCCCAUUCAUUCCAUUUCCAUUUUCUUACUAAACUAAGUCACACACUGGAAUACAUAAUAUUAGGUAGAAUUUAGAAGUAACAUCUAUAACCUCACCUAUCCAAAUUCAGUCAACAACCUCUUAUUCCACCCGCAUUCAGCCAAUAACUAUUGUAGCCAAAUCGUCAAACUUUUGUCUCUCAACCACUAACUUCAUAAUUCCUAAUGUAGCAUAUUGCAUUUGUUCCCCCCUUAUUGUUUUUGUAGAUAUUUGUUACCUUAUUUGGAAAUUAUGAUGAUUACAGAGAUUGUUGUGCAAAAAUACUGUACAGUAAUAAAAAAGAGGGCUGUUUGGAUUUGA